CUCGGCCGGUUAGAGGCUCAGAUCUCCGGGGACAUGGGACAGCCAGCGGCUGGCUCCUUUAUGUCACUGCUGAGGGUGCUGCUCCUGCCUCUGGGAGCUGUUCUCACGCAGGAGUCGCCCUCGGCCCCGACUCCGGGCAGCCCCCUCUCCCCCACCGAGUACGAGCGCUUCUUCGCCCUGCUGACCCCCUCCUGGAAGGCAGAGACCACCUGCCGGCUCCGCGCCACGCAUGGCUGCAGGAACCCCACUAUCAUCCAACUGGACCAGUAUGAGAACCACGGCCUGGUCCCCGACGGCGCCAUCUGCUCUGACCUCCCCUACGCCUCCUGGUUCGAGUCCUUCUGCCAGUUCACUCAGUAUCGCUGCUCCAACCACGUCUACUACGCCAAGAGGGUCAGGUGCUCCCAGCCCGUCUCCAUCCUGUCCGUGAACAACUUCAAGGAGCUGAAUUCUGUGGCCGGGGUCCACCACACCUCGGUGACCUCCCCUGCCACACCCCGCGCCGAAGCCACAGAGCGACAGGCGUACCAGCCCUGGCCAGAGCGGCUGAGCAGCAAUGUGGAGGAGCUGCUGCAGUCCUCCUUGUUGCUGGGAGGUCAGGAGCAAACGGCCAGCCACAAACAGGAGGAAGGGCAGGAGCAGCACAAGCCGGAAUCAGCACAGGAGCACAAGCAGGAGGAAGGGCAGGAGCAGGAAGAGGAGGAGGAGCAAGAGGAGGAGGGGAAGCAGGAAGAGAGCCAGGGCAUGGAGGAAGCCCUGGGCGUGGUGGCUAGCCUGCAGAUGGGCUCUGAUCCCAAGCCUCAGUCGGAGUCUCUGUCUGCUGAUCCUCGCUCCUCCUCAGCCCGGGUCCGAGAGGUGGACUUGGCUCCUCUGAUGAUGGAGAACAUCCAGGAGCUCAUCCUCUCGGCCCAGGAGAUGGAGGAGAUGUAUGAUGAGGAUGCCUACUGGAGGAGCCAGAACCAUGGCAGUCUCCUGCAGCUGCCACACAAGGAGGCUGUGCUGGUGCUGUGCUACGCCAUCAUAAUGAACAGCUGCGUCUUGACCCCCACAGCCAAGGCCUGGAGGCACCUGGAGGAGGAGACCUUGGGCUUCGGGAAGUUGGUCUGUGACAACCUUGGACGGCGACACAUGGCUCUCUGUCCCCUGUGUGCCUUCUGCUCUCUGAAGCUGGAGCAGUGCCACUCGGAGGCCAACCUGCAGCGGCAGCAGUGUGAUGCAUCCCAUAAGACACCCUUCAUCAGCUCCUUGCUCACAGCCCAGACCAUGACCAUGGGUACCCAGGCAGAGUCCUCAGAGUCAGGCCAAUUUUAUGGGCUAGAUCUGUAUGGCGGGCUCCGUAUGGAUUUCUGGUGUGCCCAGCUGGCCACAAAGGGCUGUGAAGACAUUCGGGUCUCUAGCUGGCUCCAGACUGAGUUCCUCAGCUUCCAUAAUGGGGAUUUCCCCACCAAGGUUUGCGACACUGACUACAUCCAGUACCCAAAUUACUGUUCCUUCAAAAGCCAGCAGUGCCUGAUGAAACACCGGAACCGGAAGGUGUCCCGCAUGCGGUGCAUGCAGAAUGAAACCUACAACGUGCUGAGCCCAAGCAAAGGGGAGGACCUCGUGCUUCGGUGGAGCCAGGAGUUCAGCACAUUGGCUCUAAGCCACUUUGGAUGAGCUGGGCCCACCCUGUCCCCACCCUGCCGACCUUCCACUUUCUUGUCCACUGCUCUGAAACCUUUGUCGCUUGCUUCUGUGCUGCCCCUCCUGGGUCUCUUCUAGCUCAUGUUUUCCCUGGGCUGGGGUAGCAGUGCCACAGCUCCCUGAGGGGAGCUCACCUGAAUUCGUGAAUGUUGUUAUAUAAAGUGAUGAUUUUCUGCCCGUGUGGCCUGUUGUGGUU